UGCAGCGCCCCCUAGCGUGCCAAAGGCGGAGUGCUCGCAGCGGAUUGGCUGAGCGGUCGUCGUCGGUGUUUACAGGAAACAUGGCCUCCUUGUCUGUUGGUGAGCAAGAAAUGGAAGUGGACCGGAGAGGGGAGUCUGAAGAAUCUGGAGAUGACGAAACCAGGCGGAAGAGCAUCAAUGGUGAUGUGGACCCCAAUCAGCCCUCUUCCACAAGUAAAGAGGAGUCUCCCGUUGACAUGGACACUAUCACUUUGGACCCUGAGGAGGAGGAUGUUGAUCUUGUGCACUGUCGAAUUGGAAAAAUUGAAGGAUUGGAAGUUCUACAGAAAGCUAAAACCCUUUCCUUGCGACAGAAUCUCAUUAAAAAGAUUGAAAAUCUUGACAGCUUAAAGUCACUGCGAGAGUUAGAUCUUUAUGACAAUCAAAUCCGCAAACUGGAAAACCUGAACAGCCUCAUAGAGUUGGAACAACUUGAUGUGUCUUUCAAUGUUUUAAGAAAAAUAGAAGGUUUGGAGCAGUUAACUCGGCUGAAGAAACUUUUUUUGCUUCACAACAAAAUUGGCAGUAUUGCAAACUUGGAUCACUUUGCAUGCCUUGAAAUGUUAGAGCUGGGAUCUAAUCGCAUACGGGUCAUAGAGAACCUUGAUUCACUUUCAUCCUUGCAAAGUUUAUUUCUUGGAACUAAUAAAAUUACGAAACUUCAGAACCUUGAGGGCUUACAUAACCUGACAGUUUUAAGUAUUCAGAGUAACAGGAUUACUAAAAUUGAAGGGCUCCAGAACCUUGUUAGCCUGAAAGAGCUAUAUCUGAGCCACAAUGGCAUUGAAGUCAUUGAGGGAUUAGAAAAUAAUAAAAAACUUACAACACUGGAUAUAGCUGCCAAUCGAGUGAAAAGGAUUGAAAACAUCAGCCAUUUGACAGAACUGCAAGAGUUUUGGAUGAAUGAUAAUCAGAUAGAAAACUGGUCUGAUCUUGAUGAGCUAAAAAAUGCCAAGGCUCUGGAGACAGUUUAUCUGGAAAGAAACCCAUUACAGAAGGAUCCACAGUACAGGAGAAAGAUUAUGUUGGCACUUCCCAGCGUUCGCCAGAUUGAUGCAACAUUUAUCCGCUUCUAAACUCCAACAUGAAUUCACCCUCCAAUGUAACGCCUGCCCGAACUACAAAACACACACUUUUUUUUAAAAUCACGAAUCAUAUCUUCAGCACUUCCUACAGAUGUACAAUUCAUUCCUUGCUUUCUCCCACGGUGUACUAAGCAUACAUCUUUGCAUGUAUGUAUGUUCCCACUCAUGCUGUCACCUGUACUAUUGUGUGGAAGUGUAUUUAAAAUGGAUGUUCAAAGUGGCAUAUCAAAUCACCUAUUUUCAUUUCCCUACAAUACACAUUUGAAUUUUUGUUUUGCAUGUUGAUAAAAAACAAUACCCAAUCUGUAUGAGCAAUUAUAUACUGGCCACUAAGUAAAAAGAUAAAUCAGCACAAUAGUCCCAAUAUAAAAUGUAUACAAUAGGUGCCAAUUUAUAUUUUUUCAGUGCUUUGAGUGACUUGGUUUGGAUUGAUACUAAUAUGGAUAAGAACCCUUGAUAUUAAACAGUCUGAAUCAUUAAUAAAACAUUCUUAACAUUUUAA